AUGUUCGACCUUCGUUACAAGUCUGACUUGGCCACACGUUUUGACUCGAAGAACAACUACGGGAAACGUGUGGCUUACGUCAUGCUUGCGACAGAGCUUAGCAUUGCCAUGAAACGUGAAUUCACGUCGGAGCAAGUGCAGGACAAGUUUGCAAAAUUGAAAACAGAGUGGUCAAUCUCAAAGCCAAGUUUGCCAAGUCCUACGGGCAACUCUGCGUUGCAUCCCAUUCCAAUGCACUACGAUGUUAUGUUGGAAUACUGGGGUGAAAAAGCUGGCUACCAAAGGGAAGCUCUGAUGAGUACGGACGAUCUCAGCGACGAUGACAACGCCGAAACAAAAAUCGAAACGUCUGAGGUGGAAAACGUCGAUGCGCCAGAAAUACGGACGGAAGGGCCGAAACAAAGCAAGACUGAAGGGCCGCAACGAAAAAAGGUGAAAAAAAGCAGCCCGGACAAGAAGUCAAAAUCCAAUUCGGAGUCUUUGGAAUCUGGGUUUAAUGCCAUCAAGGAGGGACUUAUGUUCUUGGGAACCUCCAUGGCGCAGCAGCCUCCGGCGCAGACUGCACAAGGUGCCACGUUGGAUGACGUUCUCGAUGCGAUCAAGGCGCAGUCGGACACAAUGGCCCAGCUUGUCGCCAUCAUGGUUGCCCAAACAAAGAAGCAGCAAUAA